GAGGCACGGAAAGCAUUGAAAAAGAAAUGGACAAAAAGACAGCGACCAAAAGACUUGCAGACUUGCAGAAGUGAACGGGUCAUAGGUCAGGUUGUGUGUCGGAAUGAAAAACAAUCAUUCUGUGUUCGCUGACGCUUGUGUGGACUUGUGUAUGUGUGAGAGAGAGUUUAUUCACACCCUUGAUAGCAUUGAGUGGGAUCGUCAGAAGUCGGUCAGACUAACGCGAUAUGGAGUUCGCAGUUAACGUCUUAAUGUGGCGACUGGUGUGAAUCUAGUAGAAAAACAGGUUUAGCCACCGAUCGCCGUUCCUUUAGACACAUUUAUUCCCUAGAUAGACUCGAGGUCGGUACAUUCCCUUUAAAAACACGACUCGCAUCAAAAUUUUAAAGUGUUACAGAGAAUUCAUCUCUGAAUUUGUGUGAUUGCCACUUAGAAAGCCAAUAUUUGCCUUCUUUAGAAAUGAAAUGCAUUAUUGCAGGGUAUGCAAUUACCUAGUAGAGAAUCAAUAUUGCUUUUUAUAUUUCUGUAUAUCAUCCUUCUAGUAAUUAUAGUUUAUUAAUGAUCAGUUAUAUAGUAAUCAUUGUUUCGUAUCAAACGACAACAGUCUUAUAUAUCAACAUAAAUGGAGUUAGUCCAUUUACUCCUUUAUCUUCUAUUAUUAAAUGUAUAACAAGCCUAAAAACACUGUCUGUGGACGAUUAGACCAUGGUAGAACACAAAAUUCAUGAUAAAAGAAAAGGAAAAAAAAAAUCUCAAUAUGUGUUUAGUAAUGUUUUAGCUCCAUUUCUGCAGUAUUUGCAUCAGGAAAUAGAAGGCAUAUAUUUUUGUUAAAACGUUAAAUUGCUCAAUUUGACUACUUCUACUGUGAAUUAUUUAUUCUGAUGCCUCAGUAUGCCAUUAUGUGAAACAUUAGGAUGAUACCACAAAUAUUUUCAGUUGAUAAUUUAUAUACUGAUAGAGGGUAAGAAACAGCUGCCACUAAAGCAGGGAUAUUUAUGUACAAUUACAUAAAUAUAUAUUAAUGAGAUGGUAAAUAAAUAUCCAUAGAUUGCAGCACUCUAUACGUGGCCAAACGUCUGUAUGGAUCACACUGUGUAUCCAAACAGCGCAUCAUUUUAGCUGUUUUGCCUAUUUUUAUCUAUUUUUCAUCCUAACACAGCAUGCUAUGAUUGUGCUGCGUUUACAAAUAUUAAUAUCAUGAUUAUGAUUGUGAUAUUCUUUCGCCUUUUAUUCGCACCAUCUGCUGAAAGACUGUUUAAACACGACUCUAAAUUUGCUCGAUCACUGUGUGUCGUUGCUCAGCCCCUGCAGACUGUUGUUUUCAUACGAUAAAGCCGGAGCGGUUAUUAAGGACGUGCCAUGCGUGUUUUUAUGCGUCUGCAUUUCCACCCACGCAUGAGGGCCGCAUGCGGCGUUCCGUUUCAGGCUGUUUUUGCAACUCACUAUUAUUCUGUUCUGUGUGAUUUUGUUGAAUCGAAGCAAACGAGCUGUAAGACCUCAGCAUUGAAUCUGGAACUACGUAUUUAUAAAAGUAUGGAGUAUUUUGAAUGGUCGGAUAGCGACUGGCCGUGAACAUUCGUGGCCUUUGAAAACUGAUUACUGUGGAUUUCUGAGGACUGCAAAAAAUGUCCUGCCAAGGUUUAGAUCAGUCAAGUUUAUUUCUGUCGCUGCCACACAAAAAUGACAGUUCUGUUUUCAUUUACUUACCCUGUAUAUUUGUUCCAAACGUAUGCGUUGCUUACUCAAAAAAGAUGUUUUAUAGAAUGUCCUAGAUGCUCUUUUUCAUGCAAUGAAAGUGAAGGUGGACUAGGGGUGUCAAAAAGUGUGUGUAUUCUCAAAUCUACCGACGCUUAUUAAAACCUAUUCAAAUAUUGUAAAGGUAACUGCAACUUUUUGUCUCACAAUUGCACCUUGCAUUUCUUAGAAAUAAUGAGACAAUUGUAAUAAUGAGAUAAAAAGCCGCAAAUAAUCUUAUUUGCACUUCUGCAUAUUUCAGUAUGGUGCGUCUCAUUCGGUCAGCAGACAUGCAAGAUCCAAUAGCAUUUAGUAUCAAUGGUUUCAAACUUGGGAUCAUGCCUUUUAAUCAUAUUUAAAUGUACCCAAAUUUAGUAGAUUUGAGUUUAUUACUUUCAGUGUAUUUUUGUCUGUUUCUGACAUCAGAGGGAUAGACAUUUGUGAGUUUGACAGUCUCACAAUCCUCUUUCAUUGCAUGCAAAAGUUGUCCUAUUUCUGUAUGAGGAAAAACGAAACAAAUUCGAGGGUGAGUAAAAGACAGAAUGUUCAUUUUUGUAGUUUCUCAAAGAUUACCGUGUAAAAUCCCAAUUUAUGCAACAAGUCACAAACGAUCCCUUCGAAAAACAGAUUGUACAUUAUUCUAUUUAUUGUAGUUUUUUAUGUUGUUGUUGUUGUUGUUGAUGUAUCGAUGUUUCUCGAUUGUGUACAAAUAUCAUCUUGUGAAUUUUGCAGUGCGUGACAUUGUGACUGUGGUGAUGUUCCCUGUCUAGUGUCUCUCUAGACACGCGGCCAAACGCUCAUCGCACACGCCAUGAUCGCUUUUCAAUCGAUUCGUUUCUGUAUUAGUUUAGUUGGUUGGUUUAGUUUGCAUCCUCAGUCCUGACUGAAUUCUCUGUGGUAUCUGACUCUAGAUCAGCUCUCUAUAUGCUUAUCCUAGUUUCACCAACCAAGCGUAGAAUUUUAUAACGUCCCCAGACCAGCAACCAAGGGCUUCAGAUGUGCUCAUUCACGGUGGUUUUCAUCGCACACUCGAUUAGAUGUGGUACCGUCGAUCACGUAUUGUGUGCAUGUCUGUACGGUUAGUUUGUGAUCGGUAGAUUCGUCUCCUUCAAGGGCCUCUGUUAAGCACUGUGCUUUGCGCUCGAGAUCAAUUUACCAGGUGUAUUUUUAAAACACAGCGCCUCAACUGGAGAACAUCGGAAAAGCCAUAUUACUAUCGCUCGCCCUUUUCCGUGUUUCCUCUUUUUGAACUAUAGAGGCGUGUUCGGAUGAAUUUCCUGUUGCCGCAGGAAAUGACGCGGAGCUCGAUGGAUGUGAUUUAUUUUCUUUGCAGUGUCUUUCUAAUUUAAUGCCACUUCGUUUCCUCUAUGCAGAGAUUAUUCGGCACUGUGCACAAGCGUCUCCUCUUGUUAAUAACCACUACAUGCAAGUAUUACGAUGCGUUCGGCCAAAUGAAACAGUGCGAUGCUGAAGCCAUAGACGCAUAAUCAUGUCAUUUGACUGUCGAAUUGGAUGUCACAGUAUUAAAACAUAUCAGCCUUGAUAAUGCUGCAAAAGCUUCGUAAUGCUGAAGGUUUAUCGCUAUUGGCAUAACAGAAACACAACUCGAGGUGUUUUAUCCUACUUUUAGUUACUGUGUCCCAAACAAGUACCACUUUAUCUAGCCAAAUUAAAAAUAAACACAAAACAAACCCUGUUGAAAACCUGUCCACUUCAGAAGAGACAUGAAAACAUGCGUAGAGAAAAUGAAGCAUAUUUUCCGAGCCAUUGCAUUGUGAAGCACAUUUAAAACUCCCAUUUUCACCUGGAUAUCCUAAAACACACACGAUAUUCCUGGAUUUUCAUUACUGUUUUUGUUCUUUGCUUUAUAACAAUGACACUGGGGGAAGGAUGUGCUUAUUUGUCAUGAAAUGCAAAAUCCUAAAAAUAUGCUUCAUUUUCUCUUAGUGUGACUUUCUUUUUUGGCUGAUGUUUUGUUCUUUAGUUGUACAUACAAAUAUAUUGUGGAUUUAUAAAAAGUGUUUUAUUAUUAAUUAAUUUAUUUAAUGCAACUGUAUCUUGUUUUGGUGUACUGAAGUAUGUUUACUAACUGGACAAGCGGGGGGACGUUUAUUCAUCAGUGUAACUGUACGUGUGAUGUUCAGAUCAGGUCUGUUCUGUUGGUUUUGCCGUAGGACUCUGGGCUCAAGAUCCUUUUCUAUAAUCUUCUGUUUUGAUAACUUUACCGCAUAAUUUACAUGUCUUUCUGUCAUUACUUUCUUUUGGUAUUUUAAUUGUAGUGUUGUUCCAAAUGCUUGUUCUCUUUCUUAGUAAUGCUUCUCUGCAUAAUAUGACCGUUUUGACCGUGUUGUAGUAGCCAUGCCUUUGUCAUGUUGUGAAAUGUUCGUAUGAGAGGCCACUGGCUGUAAAUGCAAGAACACCUUUAAGGAUCAUUCAUUUUAUGUACGUUUCAAGUCCCCCGUCAGAAUGUGAGACUGAGAAAUGUGGAAUCGGUUUACGUAGAGAUUGAUGCGCUCAUCAUUGUUUGAUGUGGUGUGAUGCUGUUUCUGAGAUUGUGAAAAGUGUGAUUUCGACGGUGGUGAAAUACGGUGUAGUUUGAGAAAGUGGAUUGUAGAGUUUAAUGAGUACAUUGAUUACAGAGCUGACGAAAGCGAAAUAUGGUAAAAUAACUUCUGCGUGGUGAAUCUCACGAAGAAAUUUGAAGGCCUUUUAUUUUUUAUAAUAAUUGUAAAAUGUAUUUUAGAACUAUUAUGAUUUUGUUUACAUUUCCAGCUAAUAAGAAACUUUCUCAGAAUGUUGGUUAAUAUUCUGGCAAGGUUCUCUCACAGUUAUGAACCAACGUUCUUCCAGUUAAAGAGGUAGUUUAACCAAAACUGACAUUUCUGUCAUCAUUCACUCACCCUCAAGUUGUUAAAUUUCUUUAUUCUGCUGAGCACAAAAGAUGAUAUUUUGAAGAAAUGUUGGUAACUAAAAAGUUGACGGUAGCCAUUGACUUCCAUAGUAUGGAAAAAAUACUAGGGAAGUCAAUGGCUACCAUCACUUCUUUGGUCAUUUUUUCCUUUAAUGUUCUCAAACAUUAUUUAUAUGUUGUUCAUGGAACAUUUUAUUUCCAAAACAUUUUAGUUGGACGUUCUAACAUGUUUUGAAAUGUUACUGCUUGUUUUAGAAUGUUCAGAAAACAUUUGAAAAUAUCAUUCUCAUAAUGAUAAAAUGGAAUGUUCCCUUAACAUUUACAUAAAAAAUGACAUUUUGAAUGUUUAGUAAGCAUUCAGAAAGAACAUUUUGAUAUUAGAAACAUUAGCAAAAUGGUCUUAGAACAUUUUUUGUUAGCUGGGUCAUGUCAGUUAACCAAAUUUGCUCUCAGUUUAAUCAAAUUUAAAUCUUGUUACUACAAUAAAGUGAAAAUCAUCAUUCCUUGACUAAUUUUCUAAAUUAAAAUCAGCAUUAUUAAUAAUAAUAAUAAUAAUAAUAAUACAAUUUUAUUAUUGUUAAUUUCUUUGGUUAAAUAUGGCCCAGACUUAUUUUUGACCCUUUUUUUGUGAGAUUCACCCACAUAUGCUUCAUUAACGUUGUUAGUUCAGACAGUUUAUUUCUUGACUUCACAUUCCUAAAACGUUGAGGUGGACAUGUAGAGACCUUGUAGAGAAUGUUUGAGCUGAACCGAUGAUAAACAUGUUAGACAAGUUGAUGUUACUGCAGAAAUAGAAAGGUGUAAAGGAAGACGGAUAGAGAGACAUAUCAUAUAUUGGUAAUGUAAUGCACAUUUGUAGCAGGAAAAUAGAGUCUAAAAUAUAAAGCACGUGAUUGUGAAAUGAUUGUGCGCAUAAGAGUUGUUAGAACUAUUCUCGUAACGUUUACGCUGAGGACUAAAACAUGCUCUCAUGCCAUGAUGAAGUGCCAACUCGAUUUGUGUUUGUUUAAAAGCUUAAAACAGAGACAUUAAUAUGCAGAAUUAUUUAUGACUCUCAUGAUUAGAAGCUUGCAUAUGGUUAAAAAGUAUUUGCACCCUAGAGUUUCUGCUGCGUGUGUGCAGGUGUGCAGUGUUUAGGCUGGAGAUGCAGUGAUGUGUGAACUGAAGUGGGAUUGCGGUGCUGUGAUAAAGUCUGAUAGAAAAUACAUACUGAACUUUGGUCGGUCUUAGACUCUUGCUGAAGGAUUUCUUUGUUUUGACUUUUUUUUAGUCAUUGCAUAUUUAUUUAUUGAUGUGAUGCUUUUUUUUCUGUAAGUCAGCCAGUUAUCGCUUCAUGAGACACUUUGGCUUGAACCGCUUUGCAGAUUGUUGAUGUUCUCGCUGAUCGGACUGAUGUUUGAGUCUCAUUUUUCUCUUCUGACAUUAAAUGUUAAAUCUCCAUGGGCGGACUGCUGUUAGCAUUUCUUCAGUAAUUCUUUUUGCGUUCUUUCUUUUGUCUUACUUUGCAGCAACAAAGUGAUGGACACUCGGUAUGGAAAUCUGUUUGUGAAAUAUACCUACAGAUGUGGCUUCUCUCUUUGAGUAAAUUAGGCUAAACCGAAAUGAUGCCGUUUUGUCAUUGUGCUUAAAUGAAUAUAUAAAUAUUAUAUUCUAUAUUAAAAUAUAUUUGCUAACCUACAGAUCUGUGCGAGCCAGUUCUUUGCCUCACUCUCAGUUCACAAUGAAAUGAUGUGAUGAUAUAAAACAAGUACUGCUCACUGCAGAGCCGAAUGGCCUCCAGCUCCCCCUCUCUGGAGGUCCAGCUCCACCUCUGUGUGAACUAAUGGGUGGAGUUAGGGUUAGGAUAGGGUAAGGGGUAGGGUUAGGGUGUGGUUAGGUGUCUAUCUCCACCCAUUACCUCCAGCGAGGGGGAGCUGGAGCUCCAGCUCCUCCCAUCUGGCUCUGCAGCGAGCACCCUCUCAUACAAAAUGCACAACAACACUAAUGCAUAUGUUUAGAAUUUAAAAAUAAUAUAUUUCUUUGGGCUUGCAAGCAAAAAAAAAAAAAUUUGCAGUCUUUACUCUCAGCCUAUAAUUCAAUAAAUAACUAUGCAGCUGGUGUUAGCUAAAGGCUGUAUUGUGGGUUUUAGUGAAACUGGCCAAGGACAGACAUCACUUUUGGCCAAUGCUGUAUGUGUGGAAAAGCUCUGUGGUUGAGCUGUAAAAGCUUCUGGUUUCAUACUGCCCUCAUGUGGACAGAAAAAAAUAUGGCCUUAUAGAGAAUUUCCAUGAACCUUUGAACCUUUAAAGACUGAAGUCACAAACAGCAGUGCCUGUUGAACAGGUCGGACCGGUUUAGUUUUUCUUUUACUUUUACUGCAUGUUGAAAUCUAGUUUCCGUUAAUGAAGACACUUUAGAAUCGAGCAUCAACCACAGGAUCAGCCAAUGAACUUUGCAUCACACCAGUCUGAAGUAUUUGACAAACCCGGCCAAAUCCUCUUGAUGAAAAGAUGGCAAAACCUAAAAAUAUCAAAAGCUGUAAAGAAUUGGAGCAACUUUUUAAUGAAUAUGAAGAACAAAUACAGAAGCUGUGUCGUCUUUAUGACAUACGUCCAAAAAGCAACAAAGGCCAAAAGAAGAGAAUGAAGGCUGCAGCAAAAGAACUUAGAGAGCUUCUCAUGGAAACUGAAGAUCAGUCUUUUGAUGUCUCAUCUAUACCCACUAUCAUAGAAUCAGGAACAGAAAUGAUAAAGAAAAUAAUUCAAGUACUAGAAAAUGACUCAGAUCUUGUCCAGCCGUGUCGUGCUAGAGGUACGCUCAGAGAUCUGUGUGAUACUGAAAAGAAAAGCAUUUCAUUUGAUGCAAUACAGCAUGAUCAUAAAAUUAUGCAACUUAUCAAAUACCUCAAAAUGAAUCACAAAGCAUUUCCCGUGAUCCAGGAACUGAUCCAGGAGCAGAUGUCUUACAAAUUAAGGACUGCUUAUUACAAAAUGGGCAUUGAUACAAAAGGUUGUGAGACCUGUGCUGCAUUAGAGGAUGAUUCUGAAUGGGAAGUUAAAAUACCUUCAGAGGUCACGACAGAUGCAAAUAUCAAGUACAGUGUCCGCUCCUCUGCAGGGCAGCAUGAAUGUUCAGAGACUGGCCUCCGCUGGCGGUCUGUCGGUGGUGUCAGUUUGGAGUAUCGGUUUGUUGAAUGGGAAUCACUCAGUAAAGAUAUUAUGGAGAACUACAGGCCAUGUGGACCUUUGAUGGACAUCAGUGUAACCUCUGGCACAUUGAAGGAAAUUCAUCUUCCUCACUUCAUCUGUGUAGAUUGUGAAUCCUCCUCGGAUGAUGCAGUGAAAGCUCUUCAUGUGAAGGAUGGUACUGUUUCAUUGGAAAGAUGUGAAUUAAGUAGAUUCCAUGCCAAGCUUCUCAAUCCCACCUUCUCACUCUUGGGAAUUAUUGCACAUGUGCAUCAGUACUUCACCAUGAAGUUUCACUGUGAAACUUUGAUUUAUCGCAACUGCAAAGUUUCCCUCAACCUUCAUGUGUACCUGAUUUUAAAGGAUAAAAAACUUAAGAAGGAUGUGGAGACAAAGGAGAAAAAAAACAUGGAGAUUGUGAAACCAACGCCACAUAAAGCUCUUAAAAUUGAUGACGGUUACACCCUGAAGACAUCCCGUGACUCCAAAAUCAAACCUCCGAGUUUAGAAUUGACACCCUGCAAGGCCAACUUCUUUGAUAUACACAUUAAAGAUGCAAAGGAAUGUCUUGAACUCUAUAUAAUGACAAAAAAGGAUGAAAAAAUAUGGGAUGUUAAUAUAGAAUCAGAUGAAUUAAAAAGCAGUUCAGUCUCUGACUGCGGGCAGUCGACCACCUCAACGAGUCAUCAGUUUCCAGGGACUGCAGAGAUUGACACAGCACAGAAACAAGAAAGAUGCAAAAAUGAUAAUGGUGCUGAGUUUGUGGAGAAGCACAGGGCAGAGUUGAUCAAAAGGGUCUCACUGGUGGAGCCAAUUGCAGAUGACAUGAAAAAUCUGAUUGGUGAUGAAAAAUAUGGAAUCAUCUUAAAGUCAGUAACAAAUGAGAAAAAAAUGAGAAAACUUUUUGAAUUUCUGACAACACCCAAACUAAAAGAGAAACUUUACCAAAGUCUUGUAAAACAUGAGCGCCUCCUUGUUGAAUUUUUGGAGGAUUCUGGGUAGAUGCUCUUCCAUACAUCAAAAUAAUGAAUUCAUUAUGGUUAAUUAUUAUUUUACAGCAGACAGAUCAUUAAUAAUGUAAUAGGUUGUGGAGUGUGGUAAGAUGUACAUUGUCUAUUAUUGUAGACUACAGUUCUGACUGGUUUACAUAAAGAGCUCUGAAUAUGAAGAUUAUUCCAAACUAUAACCAUUUGAAUAAUAUGCCUCUGUUUGUGAUUUAAAAAGUCUUUAUAAAUUUCCUUUGUGGAUCAAUA